AUGGGUAAGGCAUUGGUCGAUGAAUCGCAUAUUUCUCUUGAUUGUUUGUCAAAUGCUCUUAAUGAUUAUAUCAAACAAGGUCAAGCUCUAAUCAUACUUGAUGGUCUUGACGAGAUUCCAGUAUCAGAGCAACGUUCAAAAAUAAUUAAUCUUGUUGAGAAUUUUGUCGAAAAUUAUGUUCAAACAUCAACAGGUAUAUCCGUCUUCGAUAAUCCACAUAUGAACAGAGUUUUCGAUGAUCCAUUUCGAUUGGGUGGCAAUCAAUUAAUUGUAACCAGUCGAAUAGUAGGUUAUCAUGCUGCUCCAUUAGACGGUCAAUUUGCUCACUAUACGAUUCGACCUAUGGAUGAAGAACACAUGAAAGAUUUCGUAGAUUAUUGGUUUUUCAAUGUUCACAAACAAAUACUUGAGACUCUAGAAUUAUCGAUGGACAAUCAAGGAGAGAGACACGGUGAAGCAUUGAAGGAAGAAUUGGAAAAACUAGAAAACAUUGGUCUUCGUGACGUGGCUUCAAAUUCAUGUUUGAUGUCAUUCAUAUGCACCGUAUCUUUUCAACAAGCAGAAGAUUCUUCAUUACCUACGCAACGUAUUCUUCUAUACGAACAAAUCGUUAGAUCAAUGUUGAGCUUGUGGAGUACUAAAGGAACCACGAUUCACAUUCCGAAAUUGACACGCAUUCUCAGUGAUAUUGCUACACACAUCCAUCAAAAUUCUGCAUCAGGCCUCAUUCAUGAAGAGAAAAUGAAAGAAGUAUGCGUUGAAUCUCUAAAAGUGUUUCUAAAUAAAAAAGUGUACACGGAAGAAGACAUUCGAGCUAUCGAAAAACAAGCAUCGGAAUUCGUACGAAUUUUUCGUGAAGAUGUUGGUAUUUUAGCUGCACGAGGUGAAUCCCUUUAUGGUUUUCUUCAUUUGACAUUUCAAGAAUAUUUCACAUGCUUGAAACUAAUCGAUGUUGAUAAAUUAAAACAAGAAAAAAUGGCAACCCACAGUUUAUGUUCAGAAGGAAAAGUUCAAUUGAUCGUUCAAUCGUUGCGUCGUCAUAUGAAUAAUCCACGUUUUCGUGUACCGAUUGCGCUUGCUUUAGAACAAGAUUUAUCCAAUUCUCUUUUACCACUCGGUGCUUACAUUUUCAUUAUUUCUGCGAAUGAUCUUGUUAAUUAUCCUUCAGACAAUGUUCUGUGUGAUGCUUUAGAUCAGUUGAUGAUUGCAGCUGGUCAAUAUCAAUGGAUUUUUGCUUGGAAAAGAAAUUGA